AUGUCCACUAUUCACGAUACCCACUGUUCCCAUUGUUUUAGUUUGAACUGUAUAUCAACUGACUGUCCAGUUUCCAAAUGUAAGCACUGUCAUACUUUACUUCACUCUUGUAAACAAGAGGAGCACAUUGAACAUGUCUGCAGGAGGGCUCCUGUAAAAUGUCCCAACUACUCAAACGGCUGUAAUGUAGUACUGCUCCGUGAAAAAAUAACAAAUCAUCUACCAAUCUGUGCUGCAAGUAUUGUAGUGUGUUCAAGAGACCGGUGCCGAAAGUUAAAUGCGAAAUCCUGUAAGCUGGAGCUAAAGUUCAUGGGACGAAAAAAACAAAAUUUGCCAGUUAACGAAAGGGAUGAUAUUGAUAUUCAAUUAGCGAUUUAUGAUCAAAAUUUGAUCAUCGAAAGUUACAACUCUUCACGGCCUAAAAGAGUUCGACAACGGGAUCCAUUACAUCCAGCACAUCCAUUAUUGCCUUUGAGGAAUAUGCCUUACGACAGUUCUUCUCCAACUGAAGGAUUUGAAGACAGUAGCGAAGACGAAAUGCGAGAAAAAAGAGAAAAGCUGAAAAAGUCGAAGCUGGUAUUUUCUAACUGCUACAUGUGCCAAAUUGACCCUGCUGCACAGCACCUACAUACUUUGGGAAAUGGAGUUGACAUUGAGAAAAUGAAAAAAAGAAGAAUGACUCCGCAAGUUGUUGAUAAGUUUCAUGAAAAGUUGGGUCUGAAGGUUAAUGUCGAUGUUUUGAACGUGUCGGAAUCAAGUUUAAAAAGUGAAAACAUCCGAGAAAUACAGAAAGGAGGAACUCUAUACACAUUGAAGUGUCUGAAAACCGUUCGCAGGUCAGAAUAUGGAGUACAUUGUCUUUCUCAACACACAGAAACAAUUGAUAUUAUGAAUGAUAUUGUUUUGAGGUGUCCGAAUUGGUCGAGCGGAUGUGAUUUCACCUCAACUCGUGUGAAAGUUAAAGUGGGAAACUUGAAAUUCCAUCCUCACACAAGUACAAUAACUCAUCAACCGACUGCUGAUCAGUUCCCGGAAAGUCCUGAUUCUGUAUCAUAUCACAACAUUGAAACACUUCCACUUUGGGUCUAUGAAACACUUGCCGACUAUCUUCCAAGUUCAGCUUUAUUUAACUUAUCAUUGGUGAAUAGAACUUUACGAAAAGUUGUCUUCAUCGCAAUGAAUUCAAAAUGUUACGUGGAGCCAGUGUGGGAAAUGGAACGUCAAGGGAAGUGGGCUCUAAAACAAUAUAUCUGGAAAGUGACUUCAACCGAGCCACCACCAGAAACCGAAUGGAGGGUUCCUGUCGAACUCAACAAUCACAUUUCUCAAUGCCAGUAUUUUAAUCCAGUUAGCUAUGAAGAGAAAAUGGUCCCUGUGUUCUCACGGGAGUUUGAAAAAGAAAUCUGGGACGGAUUCACAAACGAACUAUCCGAGCGAUUAAUCAGAGCUGAGAUCAGAGCAGUCGAAGAUAACGUUGAAGAGGAAGAGUUCGAAUGGGAAGGUUGAAAACUUUUAAUAUUUUUUCAACAUUCAUUCCGUUCAUGUAAUAAUUCAUAUAUAAGUACUGUAAAAUGAAUAAGGUCCCAGUCAA